AUGAAACUCACGGCAAUCUCCAACGAUACGUGGUACGCGUCCAGCCCAAUCCAGGCGCCCAACUACAAGACUCCCCAGAUUGUGACUAUGACAAUGGAGACCGAGUACAAGGGCGACUUUGAGGGUGUCAGCGUUGCGAGUUACGCCAUGGCCGCGUACAACCCCCACAAGACGGAGGGAGAGGAGGGAUGCGCGGGCGGGCAUGGGGAUUGGACUUUUGCGGGAAUCGCCACGUUCGCCGGCACUGUGCAGGGCAAGAAGGGCACCUUUGCCACUCGCGUCACUGGGCAGGUUCGACAUGGGUGGAGUGAGGCUACCAACACUAUCGUCGAGGGGACGGGUACCGAUGAGCUUGCCGGAAUCAGUGGGAGUGGAUGCUUCAAGGUCCAGGUGCCUAAAGAGAGUCGUAUUAAGGAUCUGGAGGUCCAGUGGGAGGUUGAGUUCAAGUAG